CGGAGGAGGAAGGCGGCCUCCGCCCGGCAGGGGUCACUGUGGUUGGGAAGCCCCGCGCCGCUCUUUCCCUCCGGCGGCGGCGCGUCCGGCUCCUCUGCUUCGCAUCAUGUGGGCUCGCCCAGCCCCUCGCACGGAGCCGGGCAGCCGCUGCCACCGCCAGUGCCCCGAGCGUUGUCCUGUCUGGGUUGGUUCCGCCAUGAGGCGGUGAGAGGAGCCGCCGCCGCCGCGGCGAGCAGCCCGUCGCCCGCCGACCGACCGUCGAGCCGGAGGGCAUCGCGUCUUGUCUCGCCUCGCGCUGCCGUCCCGUGCGGGGCGGCCGAGAGCAUGUAAAGCCCCAGCGGCUCCAGCCCGAGACCCGCUGCGGAGCGAGCGGGGGAACGGCCGCGGCUUCUGCUGCCGCCGCCGCCGCCACCGGCGGCCUGGCCAGGCCCCGCCGUGAGCGUGAGAGUGUGUGGAACAUGGCGACGUCUAAUCUGUUAAAGAAUAAAGGUUCACUUCAGUUUGAAGACAAAUGGGAUUUCAUGCGCCCCAUUGUUUUAAAGCUUUUGCGCCAGGAAUCUGUCACAAAGCAGCAGUGGUUUGAUCUAUUUUCGGAUGUGCAUGCAGUUUGUUUGUGGGAUGAUAAAGGCCCAGGAAAAAUACACCAGGCUUUGAAAGAAGACAUCCUUGAUUUUAUUAAACAGGCACAAGCAAGAGUGCUCAGCCACCAAGAUGAUACUGCGUUGCUGAAAGCCUAUAUUGUAGAGUGGCGUAAAUUUUUCACACAGUGUGAUAUUUUACCUAAGCCAUUUUGUCAGUUAGAGAUUACUCUCAUGGGUAAACAAGGCAGCAAUAAGAAAUCCAAUGUAGAAGACAGUAUUGUACGGAAGCUCAUGUUAGAUACUUGGAAUGAAUCCAUAUUUUCAAAUAUAAAGACUCGCCUUCAGGACAGUGCAAUGAAACUUGUUCAUGCUGAACGUCUAGGAGAAGCAUUUGACUCUCAACUUGUCAUUGGUGUUAGAGAAUCCUAUGUUAAUCUGUGCUCCAAUCCUGAAGAUAAACUCCAGAUUUAUCGGGAUAAUUUUGAAAAAGCGUACCUUGAUUCAACCGAAAGAUUUUACAGAACUCAAGCCCCUUCAUAUUUGCAACAAAAUGGUGUACAGAACUAUAUGAAAUAUGCAGAUGCUAAAUUAAAAGAAGAAGAAAAAAGAGCACUACGGUAUUUAGAAACCAGGCGGGAAUGUAACUCUGUAGAAGCGCUUAUGGAAUGCUGUGUGAAUGCUCUGGUGACAUCUUUUAAAGAGACAAUUUUAGCUGAAUGCCAAGGCAUGAUCAAACGAAAUGAAACAGAAAAGUUGCAUUUAAUGUUUUCGUUGAUGGAUAAAGUUCCUAAUGGAAUAGAGCCUAUGUUAAAAGACUUGGAAGAACAUAUUGUUAGUGCGGGAUUAGCAGAUAUGGUAGCAGCUGCUGAAACUAUUACUACUGAUUCUGAAAAAUAUGUAGAACAAUUGCUCACACUAUUUAAUCGAUUUAGCAAGCUGGUUAAAGAAGCUUUUCAAGAUGAUCCCAGAUUUCUUACUGCCAGAGAUAAGGCAUAUAAAGCAGUUGUUAAUGAUGCUACAAUAUUUAAACUUGAAUUACCAUUGAAACAAAAAGGGGUUGGAUUGAAAACGCAGCCAGAAUCCAAGUGCCCGGAGCUACUUGCUAAUUAUUGUGAUAUGUUGUUAAGAAAAACACCGCUAAGCAAAAAGCUAACCUCUGAAGAAAUUGAAGCAAAGCUUAAAGAAGUACUAUUGGUACUUAAAUAUGUACAGAACAAAGAUGUUUUCAUGAGAUACCACAAAGCUCAUUUAACAAGACGUCUUAUAUUAGAUAUAUCAGCAGACAGUGAAAUAGAAGAGAACAUGGUGGAAUGGCUGCGAGAAGUAGGUAUGCCAGCCGACUAUGUAAAUAAGCUGGCAAGAAUGUUUCAGGAUAUCAAAGUAUCAGAAGAUUUGAACCAGGCUUUCAAAGAAAUGCAUAAGAACAAUAAACUGGCCUUACCAGCCGAUUCUGUGAAUAUAAAAAUUUUAAAUGCUGGGGCUUGGUCCAGAAGUUCUGAAAAAGUUUUUGUAUCCCUGCCUACGGAAUUAGAAGAUCUCAUCCCUGAGGUAGAAGAGUUCUAUAAAAAGAACCAUAGUGGCAGGAAGCUUCAUUGGCAUCACCUUAUGUCCAAUGGAAUUAUAACUUUUAAGAAUGAAGUUGGCCAGUACGACUUGGAGGUAACAACAUUUCAGUUGGCUGUGCUUUUUGCAUGGAACCAAAGACCCCGAGAGAAGAUCAGUUUUGAAAAUCUAAAACUGGCAACAGAACUCCCUGAUGCCGAGCUUAGGAGAACUUUAUGGUCUCUUGUAGCAUUUCCAAAGUUGAAACGUCAGGUUUUGUUAUACGAACCUCAAGUCAAUUCACCCAAAGAUUUUACAGAAGGAACACUCUUCUCAGUAAACCAGGAGUUCAGCUUAAUAAAAAAUGCUAAAGUUCAAAAGAGAGGUAAGAUAAACCUGAUUGGUAGACUGCAGCUAACUACAGAGAGAAUGCGAGAAGAAGAAAAUGAAGGGAUAGUCCAGUUAAGAAUAUUACGAACGCAGGAGGCUAUCAUCCAAAUAAUGAAAAUGAGGAAGAAAAUUACUAAUGCACAGCUUCAGACUGAACUAGUAGAAAUAUUAAAAAACAUGUUCUUGCCACAGAAGAAAAUGAUAAAAGAGCAGAUUGAAUGGCUUAUAGAACACAAGUAUAUCAGAAGAGAUGAAUCAGAUAUCAACACUUUUAUAUACAUGGCGUAGCUUGAAGACUUACUGGAAGAUGCCAGGAAGAUGUGCAUUGAAGGUGGUUUGGGCAGACAGUGACAAGAAAAGAGGGCCUGUGAUGCAGAAGGACUUGUUUGACUUGUAUUACAUAUUCAAAUCCCUGCCUUACCUUACCAGAGGACUUUGUUUUGCCAACCUUUGUUUCAGCUAGCAUGAUGGCGAUUCCUUCAUGUUGCACACAUUUUUAACAGCAUGCUGUUUUUUGUGGGAAAACUUUGCAUUCAUGGAGAGCCCGUUGUGAGCUUUUUAAAAAAGUAGUUUGAUUUACCCACUUGGAAGAGAACAGACUUGGGGCUUUAAAAUGAACAGUACUUGCACAAGGAAAAGAUCUUCAAAUGUUCAUGCACUGAGGAACUGUUUUCACAUUUUAAAAAUUGCAAAUAGGACUAGAUUUAGCACUUCACACUUUGUGUUUUGAAUCAACAUAAAUAUACUGCCCUCCGUUUGCUCCAUUUUUAUGUAUAACAUUUGAACAAGACACAUACAUCACAGCUGAAGAGGAAUAUUUAUCUGUUGGCUCAAGCAGGUGCUUCAGUGUAACAACUGGAUUUGGAUUUUGAGAUGCAGGUGACGUUAACGCAGGAUAUAUCCAAUUUAAACUUGGGUACAUGUUUGUUUAUAUGGACAGGUGGCUUGUUUCAACACCCCCCUCUUUUUACUCUUGAAGAGAUGUCACUUUCUCUUAAAUAUUGAUUUACCUUUUAAGAACUGUGUUUCAUGGAUGGGUCUGUUUAUAGUGGAAUGAAAUGAAAUAUUAAGUGUAUUUCUUUGUACAUUUAAUAUUUGUAUUCACUGUUUUAGUAUGCUUGCCUAAAUCUGAUUGCAUUAAAAGUGGACAAUGCACAACUUCCCCAAAAUGGAAAUUAACAUUUUGACAAUCCCUAUAUUUUAUCCUAUCUAUUUGAAAAUAUCUAAUGCUACAAUUCUGCGUGUGGGGUGGGAAGAUUAUGUGGAAGAAGACAACUCCUUGGCCUAGUAGAUCAGCUCUGUAUGUAUGUGCUGAGAGAUUUACACACCCUUCUUUAAGGGUUUUAACUAUCCUACCAAAAACUUCUGCCACCAUUCUAUAUUUGGUUGAGUGGAAUGUGUAGGAGCCCUUACUGGUGGAAUGUGCCCAUAUCUGUCUUUCCCCCCCUUUGAUAAGUAUCAGUCUCAGAUUUAAAGAAGCAAAGCAAUGUAAGAACACACAUUAAGGCUUAAGAGUAAAAUUUGCUUUACUUGAAAGCAAGGAAACUACCACAACACAAAUGAAUAUCUCCUAAGUAAUUAUUAAGUUACUUUUGUCUCCAUCUGUUGUGAAAUGUCUGUCCUCUGCUAGAUUCCUGUUCCUGAUAUCAGUACUAUCCCAGCAAAGAAGUUAGCUAAUGGAGAAAAAGGCAAUGCAACUAUUAUUCUGCCCUCCCCCUACUGCUAUGCAUUAAAAGGCAACUUGCAGAACUACCAUUGAAAUUUCAGCAGCUCAGAGCUCCAGACUGGCUGUCUUGCUCUCUGGUGGUUAGUGGUAAUGUACAAUAACCCUAACUAUUGCUUCUUAGUAGGUGAAAAGACCAUGCUUUGUGGGCAAAGUGAAUUUUGUAAGGGUGGUUGUAUUUUACAUAUAAUAAGGUUCCAAAAGUUAAUUGUCUGUGCACAAACAAAGGUUAGUACCUCUACCCUGAAGCAAAUUUCACAUACCAGCUCCAAAGUACAAAGUUUUGAGGGUGAGGACAUUGUAUGCGCUCCUGAUAUGCCAGCGAGCAACAAGCCUCCAUGGAUAUGCAAAGGUGGGUGAAUGAAAAUAGAGCAAUGAUUUAAAAUCUCACUAUUUGUAUUUAUGUGCAUUGUCUGUUGCUUGUACAACAGAAGAUAAUUUGUGUUCCCUUCAAAGUUAAUAUAAUUGAUGAAUUUGCAUCAAAAUGUUAUGAAUAAGAAUAAAAAAGUGGUUUUACAUACUUAUUGGUCAAAUGCUCAACAUGUUAAAGAAAAUUAUAAUUGGUUCCCCAGAAGGCUCUUGUACAUGUUACAAGAUUACUAGAACUGUGUUUUAUUUGGUCACUUCUUUAGAAAUAAUUGGGCAGGAAAAGACAAGCAAAGAUAUUUUUUUUUAAAUGUAUGUACAUAUUUCUCAAACAUUUUGAUAGAGUGCUUUUGAAUUGUAUGCUUCCCAUUAAUUCUGCCUUGGAUGGAGUAGGCAUAGCAUAUUAAAUAUAAAACCAGCUACAAACCUAAUUUUAAUUGCUUGCUACUUUUUUCAGACACUAGUGACCAGCAACUUGACCUUCAGAAUCUCCCCUGUUUCAGUUCCUGGCAACACAAAUACUUUUGAAGAUUUAAACUAGUGGCUGGGAUCUAAAUAGCAAUCUGUAACAUUUCAGAGCCACCCUCUUCUCCACACCCCCCCCCACCCUUCUCCCCCUCCUUAUGCCUACUGAAACGCUGCUCCUGAAGGUUGCAGGACUCUCUAGAGAGAGAUCCUGUGCAGCACAAGGGGCUGUACUUGGAAGAAAAUUGCCAAAACCCCAAUGCACAUACAGAAGCACUUUAGGCACACACCUGGGGCUGUUUGGAUCUUGCCAAUGAGAAUAGUUUUCAAAAGGAAUUCUGUCUUGUUCAUCUGUGUAGAAGCAAAACAUCAAGUGCUUAUUGUCUCUACAUUUCUCAUGUACAAAACGAUAAAUUACCAACAUCUGUUUAGGGCCAGGAAAAUUAUAAUGGGCAAUGUGCCUAUAACACUGUCCAGUGUGUUUCUCUUUUUUGAGUUGGAAAAGGAUGUCAUGUAAACACUGAAUCUGAAAAUCACACCAGCAAUUUCCUUACAGUGCAGAAUCACAUUUAGCAUCCUUUGUCAGGAUACUUUCACCAAAAUGCCCGUAAGGCUAUAUCAGGAACAGAAAGAAGAUUGGUGUUGUUGUUUUUAAGUAAAGAUGAAAACAUUCACUUGGGGGGUGGGGGAAAUCCAUCACUGCAAUAUGGCAACAUUGCACUUUUAAAGCUGAUUUCUGGCUUUGGAUAUCUUUCUCCAAAGACCUAGCAUAAGAGGUGCUGCUUUUGAAAAAAAAAUGUUUGUUGCCACAAGCACUGCCAUUGUGGUUGGUAUUAAGUAAUACUCUAGAUGUGAAAAAUACUGUAGCUUGUGUUUAUUUUAAACAUAGAUAUUAAAAGGUUUUGUCACAAAAAAUGAAUUUCACACUUAAUUUUGAAGUCUUCCAUUUUUUCCUUUAGCUUACUGGUGCCCCUUUGUUUUCUAUCUAUUCAUUUGCUUAGGUCUGUUUUUGUUGGAACAUAGUAUAGUUAAAUGACAUUUUAGUGGUGACUUUCUCCUUUAAUUUUUUUUUUAAAAGAUGGCCUGAGCAGUCAAACAUCAUGGAUUUAUUUGCAUUGCAGUUCUGUUGUAAAAGGUACACAUUUCAAAAACGCAACUGAAAGAAAUAUUUGAUAAUUUCACAGAAAGACUUGGUAUCUUAAUUGCAAAACUUUUCUAUUUUCAUGGAACUGACUGGGAUGCUACCUUUGUAAAUUCAAGGUCCUAUUUGUGAAAUAAAACAAUAUGAGAGCUUUCUUGUUAAUAGACUAUAUGUAGCCUGGAGUGCAGGGCAAACUUGAGUUUCCUAGGUUGUAAUAUCUAUCUACAUAUGGUUAUUUACAGUUUUGAAUGUGUGCCACUACAUACUGAGAUAAUGCUGUACAAUUUUGACUGGUAGCAGAUUUUUCUUGUAUGGCAGUCUGGCUGAACUAUUUUGAUGUACUGCUUAAUUUUUGAAUUUUAUUUUUUAAGUUGUAUAAUUUAUUUUCUUGCAAAAUAAAAAUGUAAUAUAAAACAUACAAAAAUCAACACA